AUGAUUCCCGAGCCGGAGACGACGAUUCCCGAGUCGGAGAAGAUGAUUCCCGAGCCGGAGACGACGAUUCCCGAGUCGGAGACGACAAUGCCGGUGAGGGUUUGAAGAUUCCCGAGAGGAGACGACACGAUUCGCGAUCGAAGGAAAUGAAAUGUUUUUUUUAUUCUUAUAACAAAGGGUAUAAGGGUAAAUUACCCCUUUAAUGAAACCUAUUUUUGUGACUUCUGAUCCUGAGUGCUAUUUUUGGGACAUAAACUUCAAAAGGUGCUAUUAUUGACAAUUGCCCUUCCUUUAUUGUUAUAUAAUUUAUCUGAUCUAGUUCCAACUGAUUUAAUGAUUUCGUUUUCGUGAAAUUUUAUUUGUCUUGUUAUUGGUUCAAAUAUUGGAGUGGUUACAGAUGAAAAUGGAUGUUGAGUACUUUGGUUAAAUUUAUCCAAUUUAUUAUUUUCAUAAGUAGUUAUUUUAUUGUCUAUGGUGUCUGCUUGUUUAGAAACUGUAUAAUAUAACUGACUUUGGUAAUUAUUUUGUUGAUAUAUUGAUUUAGUAUCUUGUAAAAUUAAUGGGUCUUUGUCAUCCUUAUUAGCUCCAGUUUUAAAAGAUGUGGUUAUUAUUUCUUGAUUUGAGGUAUUUGUUUUUAAAUAUUCUAAUAGUGGAUGAAUUGAUUUAAUCUUAUUACCAUCUACUUGUUCCCAUACUUGACGGGUGGUGCUUGUGUGGGGGAGACUUCUUCUAACCGAGUGGAGUUCAAUUAGAUUACCAUUUUUUCGCCUACUACGGAUCCCAUACCACCCCUCAUAUUAAUUGUUUUAAUGGGUAAUUGAUAUUAUAGGCGAAUGAAUAUGUUUCAAUCCAUAUAAAAAUGGAAUAUUUAUUUCUUUUAGCAUCAUGCAAUUAUACCAUCUUUAUAUAUAAAGUUACAUUUUUCUCUUCUUAUGACAAGUGGCAAGGGGAUUUGAUGACAUAUGUCCUUCGUAUAUUUCUUUUUUUUUACAUUUUAAGUUCUUUUUCGUAUAGAUUAUUGCAAUUUAUCCAAGUACUUUCUAAGUAUGCACUAUUUACUCUCUCUCUCUCUCUCUCUCUCAAACGCUCCAUGCAAGAAGAAAACCCACCGGUGAAGAAUCUAUUGUCACCGGCCCAGAGGUGCCAUCCUUUCCUUUCAGCUUGUUUUUCAUUUUCUUCUCUCUCCACCGUUUCUCUCCCUGUCGAUAUGUGUGUUGUUCUGAAUCUUUGGUGAUUCAACGAAAGCUUAACGUCAAAGGUGACUCUUUCCGAGGGCUUGGAGGAAUACGAGACUGACUGCGGAGCAGUGGUAGUGAUGGAGGUUGGCUUUUAGAGGCUAAAGUGUGACUCCAGAUCGUAUUUCCCCCCCCCCCCCGGCGAUCCCUCCACGACGACGGCGGUGCGUGACUCAGUGGAGCACCUUCUCCAACGUGGAUAGUCACCUUCUCCAACGUGGAUAUCCCCUCCCUAACGACGCGGACGUGGUGGUGGAAAAUGGUCCUUUCCUCGGUUCUCGGGGAAGGCAUGUCGCAAAGGCUAUCUUUAUAUAUAAAGUUAGCUUUUUCUCUUCUUAUGACAAGUGGCAAGGGGAUUUGAUGACAUGUGUCCUUCGUAUAUUUCUUUUUUUUUUACAUUUUAAGUUCUUUUUCGUAUAGAUUAUUGCAAUUUAUCCAAGUACUUUCUAAGUAUGCACUAUUUACUCUCUUAAUAUUAACCAUUGUUGUAUAAAAUUUUAUAAUUUAUUUUAUUGGUCACUAAAAUUAAAGAUGAAUAAAGAAAUAAAUAAAUAUUUUAAAAAAAAUUUUAAAGAUGAAGCAUAAGAAGAUGAAGCAAAUAGGAAAAUGUCUAAGCAAAUGGAUUUCCUGUGCAAGGUAUAACAUAUAUCUACUCCUAUUCUGAUUCCAAUUAAAAGAUGUUAUUGUCUUCGAAUCUUAGCAUAAAAUACGUUCCCGUUAGUACAGAAAAAGUUUUUCCCCGUAACACUUUUUUCCUCUCUCUCUCUCUCUCUCUCGCUCUCUCUCUCCUCUCUCUCUCUCUCUCUCUCUCUCUCUCCUCUCUCUCUCUCUCUCCUCUCUCUCUCUCUCUCUCUCUCUCUCUCAAACGCUCCAUGCAAGAAGAAAACCCACCGGUGAAGAAUCUAUUGUCACCGGCCCAGAGGUGCCAUCCUUUCCUUUCAGCUUGUUUUUCAUUUUCUUCUCUCUCCAUCGUUUCUCUCCCUGUCGAUAUGUGUGUUGUUCUGAAUCUUUGGUGAUUCACCGAAAGCUUAACGUCAAAGGUGACUCUUUCCGAGGGCUUGGAGGAAUACGAGACUGACUGCGGAGCAGCGGUAGUGAUGGAGAUUGGCUUUUAGAGCUAAAGUGUGACUCCAGAUCUUAUUUCCCCCCCCCGGCGAUCCCUCCACGACGACGGCGGUGCGUGACUCAGUGGAGCACCUUCUCCAACGUGGAUAUCCCCUCCCUAACGACGCGAACGUGGUGGUGGAAAAUGGUCCUUUCCUCGGUUCUCGGGGAAGGCAUGUCGCAAAGGCUUCAAGUCGUCGGAGUUGUCAACCGGUGGGAGGAGCUUUGUAGUAGGUACGUGGUGGCUCUUUUGUCUCGUCGGCGGUACAGACCCACAUUUUUGGACGCCAUGUCUGCUGAGACGGGUCCAUUUGCUGUUGCUGGUUGGUCAAGGCUCGCUUUUUUCAGUACGGAAUAGUUCCAUCGCAGUGAGGCAUUAGAGCUCGAUGACGCUUGGUCAAGUUGGGAUUGCACCAUUCGGUGAAGAAGCUUUGGUCCGAAAGCUGAACUCUCAUUAUAUGGCGGCUAUUGCUCAUAUUAAAAUGUUUUUUCCUUACUAGAACUAGUUACUCUUGGGUGUUAGUGUUUAUUUAUUGCAAUAAUCUAUACGAAAAAGAACUUAAAAUGUAAAAAAAAAAGAAAUAUACGAAGGACACAUGUCAUCAAAUCCCCUUGCCACUUGUCAUAAGAAGAAAAAAAGCUAACUUUAUAUAUAAAGAUUGCAAUUUAUCCAAGUACUUUCUAAGUAUGCACUAUUUACUCUCUUAAUAUUGAGGCGAUUUAGGGUUUCCAUGAUUUCACGACGAUGGGAUCCUGGAAAUGGAGGCGGCGAACGGGCGGACUUUCAGGAAAAGCAAGGCACAGAGUGGGGGAUCUCAGUUUCGGCGAUGUUAUCGAAUCUCAAGGGAUUUGAUUUGGAUUUACGGAAUGGAUAUUUUGGAAACUUAAGGAAGAUAUGCGGUUCAGAGAUCUCGUUUACGAUUUCGAUCAUCAUCAAGACGAAAUCGAAGAGAUCUACAGGGGCAGUUAGUGGGUAACAGUGGGGUUAUGAAGGAAGGUGAGAGUGCUCGAAAGAGACUGAAGAUUACGGUGCCUCAUUUCGACAACUCGGCGCUAAUCAAAACCUACUCCAAGACUCUGAUUGGAAGGUGCAUGAAUCCUCCAGAGCAAGACAUGAAGGCUUUGAUUCAGAAUGUACCUAAGAUAUGGAAAUUGGAGGAUCGGGUGGUUGGAACAGAUUUGGGGUUUGGCAUGUUUCAGUUUGAUUUUGAAACGGAGCAUGAUAUUGAUGGGGUCAUGAAAAUGCAGCCUUAUCAUUUUGAUUAUUGGAUGCUUGCUUUGGCGCGGUGGCAACCAAAGAAGAAUCACCUAUUUCCCUCCGAAAUCACAUUUUGGGUUCGAGUGAUUGGUGUUCCAAUGGAGUUCAGGACGGUACCAACUUUUGAAAGUCUGGGAGAGGCGCUUGGACGAUUGGUGGCAGUGGAUGUGGAACAUUGUAGAGUCCAGGUGGUGGUGGAUGCGUUUCAAGAAUUAUGCUUCGAAACCACUUUGGAUUUCAAAGGGGGAGAGUUCUACGAUGGAGAGGAAGCAAAGAUCUCGUUGAGGUAUGAGAAGCUGUUCGGGUAUUGUGAUGUUUGCUCGAGUCUCUGCCAUAAAGGAGAACUAUGUCCUCUGUCAAAGAAGACUACCGUGAAGGCGAGUCCAGAGAAGAGAAGGGAAGAUCGAGAAGGGAAUGGGGGUUGGUAUGAUGGGGGGAAGCAUGACGACAGAGCACGGAGCUAUAAGGGGGUAGUUAUCAAUGGUGCUCCGAAACAACAACAUAAAGAGCGAGAUGGGCGUGACUACUUUGGGAAGGGUAAGGGCAAGAUGGCUGAUGAGAAUGCCUUGAAAUGGGUUAAAGCGGCUGAUAGAGGGAACAAGGGAUUCUCUAAUGGCCAUAAAGGCUACCGAGGAGAUGGGGAGGGCUCGAGGUACAUAAGUUCCCGAAGAGAUGAGACUCAGGUGGAGGCUCAUGAGGGCCAUGUAAGGGCUGUAUCAGGACAAACAGGGGCUCUGCAGGUUCAUGACACAGUAAGGAGUGAAGCGAAGGAAGAUGGAGAGAUCAGUGAGCCUGUGGUGGUUGACAAAACCCUUCCUUCUCAAGAAUUCCACGAACAACUCGUCAAGACUCAGACGUUGGGUACAGAAGCUAUAUCAGAUCCCAUGGAGGUGGAGAAGGGACUACAAAUGAUUCAGGAUUUGGUGGAGAAACAACCGGUCCUGGAGGAUGAUAAGGUGAUGAAUAUGGACGAGUUUCGAGCUGUCUUUUUGGAGCAUGGAAUUGAUUUGGAUGCGGCAGACGAUUUACCAGAUGUUUCUGAUAGUGAGCUGGAGGAGAUGAUGAAGGAACAGGAGGAGGGUGAUACCACCCAGAGGGAGAUGGAUAUAGGAACCAACGCUGAGGAGAAGGAACAGGUUGAUGAAGCAACAGGGAAGAAGCAUGUUUCUCGUAAGAGACAGCUUAAGGUUCCGUUGGGUACAGCAGUGAGCACGAAGAUGAGGAUUGCCUCUGCGCUUGCUUCACCGCGUAAACGAGCUCCGAUCAAGACAGGAUCACGCCAUGGAGAUAACGGCAAGCAGCAGGAAAGUAAGGGACCCUCAAUCCCGAAGAGUGGAAUGCCAAAACCAUAGUUUUAUGAUUCAAGUUUUCUCU